UUGCAGACUCCCCAGUGGCCAACAGGAAGAUGCUCGGCGAUACCAUCUUUUUACAGAACGCCAAAGCCUCUGACAGCGCCGUCUAUCAGUGUGAGGCCUCCAACAGACACGGGACCCUUCUGUCCAACGCCAACAUCAUGAUCAUGAAUUUACAGCCUAUGAUUCUGACCAAUAACGGGGAGGACUACUCUGGAGUGGAAGGAAAGGGAGUGAUGAUGCACUGUAAGGUCUUCAGUUCUCCUCCUUCAGCAAUCACUUGGAGCAGAGAUGACUCCUCUGAGUCGGUGGCGGGGCCCCGGUUUACGCUUCAUGACAACGGUUCGCUGGAGAUCCACUCGGCAGAGAAAGGUGAUGCGGGACAGUACACCUGUUUGGCUAAAAACACGGAGGGAUCAUCCGCCAUCGACGCCAUGCUCUACAUAAAAGAUCCCACCAGAAUAGUGGUGGCCCCAAAGGACCUGCGGAUCUUAAAAGGCAGCGCAGCCCAGCUCUCCUGCCUGGCAGAGUACGACAAGUCCUUCAGCAAUGACUUUGAGCUCCUGUGGGAGAAAGAUAACAUACAGAUAGCGCUCAACUACACAGUUAAUCCCAGAUACAUCAUGGAGGACGGCUAUCUUAACAUCAGUGGCGUUAGCCAUGGAGAUCAGGGUGUGUACAGUUGUGUGGCGAAGACUCCGCUGGACAGAGACACAGCUUCAGCCUUCCUCAUGGUGUUAGAUGUCCCUGUCGCUCCAGAGAACUUGGUUUUAUCUGAGUACAAGAGUAAAAGUGUAAAGCUGGAGUGGAUCCCUGGGGACGACCACAACAGCUCCCCUACUGAGUUCAUCAUCGAGUUUGAGGAAAACAAGUGGGAGCCAGGAAACUGGAAGGUGCUUCUCCGAGUCCCUGGGAACCACAACUCUGCCGUUCUCAGGCUCCACGGUCACGUUGAGUAUCGCUUCCGUGUUUACGCCAUCAGCGCCAUCGGAGCAGGGCCACCCAGCGAACCCACAGAGAGAUACAAGACCCCCCCGUCAGCCCCUGACAAGAACCCAGAAAAUAUCAAAAUCGAAGGUCAUUUGCCACAUGAAAUGAAUAUCAACUGGGAGCCACUGCUGCCCAUCGAGCACAACGGACCCGGCCUGGAGUACAAGGUGAGCUACAGGCGGCAGGACGGGCAGGAGGAGUGGACGGAGCACACCGUGAAGAGGCACUCGUUUGUGGUACAGAACACUCCCACCUUCGUUCCCUAUGAGGUGAAGAUCCAGGCCAGGAACAACCAGGGCUGGGGGCCUGAGCCCAGAAUUGUGAGCGGAUACUCAGGAGAGGACUUUCCCUCUGCUGCACCUGAUGACGUAGCUGUGGAGGUGAUGAACAGCUCAGCGGUCAGAGUGACCUGGACACCCGUCCACAAGGACAAGCUUCAUGGACAUCUGGGAGGCUACAGGAUAAACUGGUGGCGCCUGCGCAGCCUGGUGGACUCGAAGAAAAGCCACGGAGACAAACAGUCUCUGGCGUUCCCCGGGGAUCGGACCCACGCCACCGUGCCGGGCCUGACACCCUUCUCUGACUACAGCCUCAUUGUCAUGACCUUCAACGGGCGAGGCAACGGUCCGGGCAGCCAUCCGUUCAACUUCAGAACCCCAGAGGGAGUCCCAGAGAAAAACCCAGUUUUGAGGGUCACAAAUGUAAAGAGGAACUCUGUGUCUCUGGCCUGGGCCCCUCCUUUGGAGCCCAAUGGGAUUCUAACAGGAUAUCUACUGGAGUACCAGCUCAUUAACGACACAGAGGAAGUUGGGCCUCUGCAGGCUGUGAACAUCAGCAACCCUAACACCACCAAGUGGAUCCUGCAUGAAUUAGAGCCUCUGACCAAAUACAAGUUGUAUCUUCGCUCCUGCACUGCGGUUGGCUGUGGGCCCGUUGUCAGCGAGGAGAGCACCACCGCCCUGGAAACAACUUCUUCUUUGGCUCCUACUGUUGGCAUCAGUAUGUAGAUCUAUGUUUAUGCAGAAAGUGGGAUGUCGUACCAACACACACUCUUGUUUUUAACUUUAUGCAAUUUACAAUGGUAUUCAUGUGUUGUCAUUUUAGAACUACAGACUUCAACAUAUUUUACUGGAUUUCAACUCAUUGGCCAAAAUGUAUUAGAGCAAAAUUGGUUCUGUGAUUUUGAAACCUUUUUGUUGUUGAUACAAUUUUGAAAAGUGUGCUUUUCUCAGUUCCUUCAGUUUUUCACAAUUCUGCGAACAAAGAAAUUCAUGUGAAAGUAACAGAGCCCCACAUUUUUCACACUAAUGGAUAGUUAUUAGUUUACUGAUAAUUUCCCACAAAACAUUGGGUUUAAGUGACUGCUAACUCUCACCUGCAAGUGACAAUAUUUUUUUAUUUCUUCUCAGGGGUUGUGUUAACAGAAUAUUUUUCAUCUUUUAAUUUUUAAACAAUGACAGAAAACUCUGAAGGCCAUCUGUUUUUUGAUGGAUUAUAAUUGGCACACCUGACCACUUGGUGCAGACACACAAACAUUUUCAACUUAUGGAACUUAUGGAAGAAACGCUCUGAUGCAGCUGAACCAGUGGUGAGGACAGAGUUCAUUCCACAGCAUUUCCUCCUGCUGCUCCUCAUUCAGAGAGUCUUACUGACUUCUGAUCACUUCGUUUAGAGAAAAGUUUCCUGAUUUCAAAAUGUUGGUUGAGUUGGAGCUUGUAAUUCCAGUCCAGUAUUGCAUUAAACCAUGGUUUCAUCCUCCCGAUCAAUAUCAAAACUCUGAAACAUUUGAUUAUGCACAAGGGGAGGACAAUUAACAUCAAUGUACUUUGUUUCCUUCUUGUAGACUUUGAAGAGGGUCUAGAAGGAAAAAGUAUGGAAAAAUUCCUUGCAAAUAUUUGUAAAGCAGCACAGCAAAAUAUGUGGUUUGGGUUGAAAUAAGACAGCAAAAAAUAUGAGUGACUAACUUCUAUCCAGUCUCACUAAUCGCAACGUUGUAAAUCAGUCAUUUGUUGCGAUUCCAACUGUAAGUCGUUUGGGGUCUGUCUGUCUCUACAUCUAAAGACAAAUUUGUUUCAGCCAAUUCUUCCAUUCUUGUUUUUUAAUUGCUGUGGAUCUGUCAGACUGGGUGGAGAGCAAUGAUUGUGGCCAUCAGUUUUUUAGUCUUGCUUCAGAUUCUCAAUUAGAUCUGGACUGGGCCAUUCUAACACAUAAAUAGGUUUUGAUCUAAUUAUUUACAUGGUAGCUGCAUCGCUGGAGUUGUUCUCCUGCUGCAAGAUUAACCUUCACCUCAGUGUUAUGUUUUUACAGUCGCUAAAUGGUUUUCUUCAAGAACUGCCUUGAAGUUCAUCAUUAACUCUGUCUGACUUUCCUGUUCCUACUGAAAAAUCGCACUCCCCACAGCAUGAUGCAGCCACCACCAUUUUUCACACGUAGGAUUUUGUACCUUGUACCUGUCUGCUGUAUUCCUUGGGCUUCAUGAUGCCUUUUGUUCUCUAAUGUUCUCUAACAAAUCUGAGAUUUAUACUUUUCAUAUAAUUGUUUAGGUGAUUACUGAAGGCAGUUUGGAUAAAACUUGAUUAAGUGACAGUAGUCUGAACAGGGCCAAAUAUAAAUCCAUAGCAGACUUUUUCAGAAUUGUAUGUAGUAAAUUGUAUUAUUUCGGUCUUCUUCAUUAAGGUCAUGUUCUACUUUGUGUUGAGCUCACAUAAAAUUCCACUAAAAUCGUCUGAAGUUUGUGGUUGUAAUGUGGUGCAACACUUCCACAGGUCUGAAUACCUUCCCCAGGUUCUGUCUGAAUUUUAAAAUGGUGUUUGUUGGUAUGAGUCGUCCUGUUUUAACAUGUUUUAGCCGUAGCAGGGCAGACAUCAGUGCAUGCUGUAGGCCUCAGUUUCAACCAACAGGAAGUGUUUUAUUUGUCUGAUGUUCCAUCUCGCCUGACCCUCUCUGUUGUUUGCCGAGAGUAUUCGGUGUCUCCUUUCAUUAGAAAAAUGUCAACUUCCUCACACUAAAAGUUUGUGGCUUCCUCUCUAAUAACAUUGCUAAUGAGUAAGCUAAUUAUAAACUCCUAUUAAUUGUCCCCUAUUAGCACCUGUAAAUGAAUGUUGACUUUUUAUCCUAGCACAGCAACCUCAGUGCUUCAUGUCAAAACUCUACCUAAGGUAAUAAAUUAUGCUUUGCGUAAUUUAUAUUGCCUUGUGUAAUUUAUACUGCCUUGUGUUUGGAAACUAGUGGAGCUCUUUUGUAGCACCUGUAGAUGUGUAGUCACUAAUUUUAGCCCAGGGUAGCGUUAUGCUAACAAUAGAAUGUAGCUACUGUUA